CAGUCCGCCAUUGGACCCCGAACCGGAGAGAUCCUGCGACCGUCCCACCAAUAAGGCUUCUCUUCUGGGGAGAGACACGCUUCCUUUGUGGCUCUUCUUCUAACUUAAUAAACCAGACGAACCAGGAACAGUUUGGACCAAACGCCCACUUUAAGGAUGCAGGACGGGAGCUGGAAUCUGCCGCUCCCCGUCUCCCCCUUGCUCAAGGGCCCGGCAGGAGGCGGGGCCCCAGAGGGCGACAGGGGGGUGUUCUCCGAGGCGUCCUCCGACGGGGAGCUCUAUCUGGACUCGGUGACGGAGCUGGAUUACGGAGGAGACGGGGACUUCGCAGAUCUCACCGCCUUCCUGAGUGCGGAAGAGAUACACCGCAGCCUGGACCUGGCCCUGGAGGCCUUUGGCGACACGUUGGACUCUGAAGACCCCCGGCCCCCCUGUAGUCCCACAUCCCAGGAGCAGGCUCCCCGACCUCCGACUGAAAACCUCUGCACGGGCCCAAUCUUGCAGCACCAGACCAAAGCCCCACUACCUGUGCCCUUUGCAGGUGAAGUCUCUUUCAGCCAGAACGCCCCCCUACACAAGCCGGCCCCCCGCAAACCCCCGCAGCCCGUUUACAAGCAGGACAAACCCCGGCUGGUCCACGAAGGCCUGGAGCUGAACGACCGGUCCGCUUCCGCCACGGAGUUCUGCAGCCGAGCCGCCACCUUCAUCGAGGAGCUGUCUUCCAUCUUCAAGGCUUCUUCUGCUCAUUCGGAGCAGCAGGCGGAGCAGGACUCCUCCUCUCCCGACAGCGGCUAUCUGACUCCCAGGGGUCAGCGACCGGCCCCCCAGGGCUCGGCUGCCGCCGCCGACCCGGUUCCGGCUCCCAGCCGGGAGGCUGAGAUGCCGGCCGCGAGCCCGGAGCCUCCGGCCGCCCUGCGGUCUGAGCACCCCGGAGCUCCGACCGCCCAUGGACCGCUGACUCCUCCCUGCUUCCUCCAGAAGCUGAAGAGCCAGGAGGUGGCGGAGGGGAGCGCCAUCCGUCUGGAGUGCACAGUCGUGGGAAACCCGCUGCCGCUCGUCAGGUGGUUCUGUGAGGGCCGCGAGCUCCACAACUCCCCCGACAUCCAGAUCUGGAGGGACGGCGACCUCCACACGCUGGUGAUCCCCGAAGCCUUCGAGGACGACACGGGACGCUACACCUGCGUGGCGUCCAACAGCAUCGGAGCGGACAACACCUCCGCCGAGGUCUACAUCGAAGGAGCUUCGUCGUCGGACUCAGAGGGAGAAGGAGACGAGUCCGAGUCCAGAUCAGGAGCCAUGCCUCAGGUGCAGAAAAAGAUCACAUCAUUGUCCCUGACGAUACGCUCGCCAUCACCCAAGACCUCCGAGGGCCUCCCUCAUCGCUCCACCCUGGUCCAGGCCCUGUCUCGGCCUCCCCAGCGGAUCCAUGGCCCAGUGUCGUCAACGUAUGUGGGCGAGGUGUCCGGUCCUCCUGUCUUCACCAAGCUGCUGCAGGACGCCCAGGCCUCCGAGGGCCAGGUGGUGGUUCUGGAGUGCCGGGUCCGAGGAAGCCCUCCUCUGCAGGUCAGAUGGUACCGCCAUGGAGAGGAGAUCCUGGACUCCCCCGAUUUUCGGGUUCUCCAGAAAAAGCCUCGGUCUGCAGCCGAGCCAGGUGUUGGCUGUUCUUCUCCUCCAGAGGAGAUCUGCACGCUGGUGAUCGCCGAGGCCUUCCCGGAGGACGGGGGCCGGUUCUGCUGCGCGGCGUCCAACCCUCACGGCUCCGUCAGCAGCGCGGCGAGGCUCUCCGUCGCUGCAGCCGAGGACUGCAGCAACGUGUCUGGUGACAGCAGCUCGGCGUUUGAGGAUGUGGCCGCCUUCCCCCCUCCUCCUCCCCCGCCCACGGAGAUCAGCCUCCUGGAGCUGCCGCCCAAGACGCCGCCUCAGCCCGGCGCGUUCCUCGCCGGGGAGCUGGAGAUCUGGCCCGGUGCGCUGGCCCCGGAGGCGGAGGGCGAGGGGACAGAUUACGGGCACGCCCCAAAUCUAGCAUCACUAAGCCUGUGUAAAGUAACCCCACCACCACCCCUACCUCCACCACAGUCUCACCCUGAUGCCACAGCUCAAAGUCCGGCCCGAGUGGCAACAGACUGCCCUCCGUCCCCGGGGAAGGAUGGCCCUCCGCUGCCCACCAGGCCCAAACCCAAGCUAGCUCAGAGAGUAGAGGAGGAGACGGGGAGUCAAAGGAACGCGACCCAGCUGAAGCUGCUGCAGGACCAGAUUCUACUGGAGCAACAGGAAGCCGCCAACUGGCAGCAGCAGAAACUGCAGGAACAGGAAGUCCCGCCUCCGCCCCAGCGACCGGCUCAGGAAGUGCCUCCUCCUGCUCCGCCAUCUCCUCCUCUCCCGCCUCCUCCCUCCUUCCAGGAGUUGGAGAGCAGCGCCGCUGCCAUGCAGGCCAGCACCUUCAACUACGCCCGGCCCAAGCAGUUCAUCGCCGCCCAGGGCCCCGGCAGGGCGGGCUACGCCACCCAGUCCUCCGGCUCCUCGGGGUCCAGCCCCUCGCCGCUGUCGCCCGCCACCUCGCACAAGCCCUUCGGCCUGGUGGGCACGCCCCCCCUCGCCAAGGCCGGCAGCGUGGAGUCCCCGACCUCCCCGUCCUUCCCGCCUCCUCCUCCGCCCUUCUUCAGCUCCACUAACCUGCCCUCCCCGUCGGGGCCCGCCCAAGACUUCCCUCCUCCUCCUCCUCCGCCCCUCCCCGUGUCUCCGGUCUUCUCCGAUGCGUCCUCGCCGUUCUCCUCCGUCCCCCCGUCUCCGGCCUCCAGCUUCCUGACCUCGGUGUUGCCCUCCACGCCGUCCUCGCCCAGCAGCCCCACGGUCAACGCCCUGGGCCUCCCCAGGGGCAACGGGACUGUCAAGGCGUUCCCCAGGAAGACCUCCGUCACCAGGGCGCCGCGCGCCGCCUCCGACUCCGACAUCCAGGGCACCAAGGACGCCGUGAUCCAGGACCUGGAGAGGAAGCUGCGCUUCAAGGAGGAGCGCAUGAGUAAUGGCCAACAGAAGCUAACCUAUGAGGAGAAGAUGGCUCGCCGGCUGCUGGGAGCCGCCACCGCCGCCACAGUCCUAAACACUCAGGACGCGGAGGAGGAGCCUGUCACGCAGGAAGACAAGUCAUCUGACAGAGAACCUUUCCCUCAAAAGGAGUACAAGGUGUCCAGCUUCGAGCAGCGGCUCAUCAGUGAGAUCGAGUUCCGCCUGGAGCGCUACCCGGUGGAGGAGUCGGACGACGACGUGCAGCACGACGACGACGACGGCGCCGCCGGCGCCGCGCCGACGUUCGAGCAAAAGCUCAAACACUACAAGGUGUUCGAGGGCAUGCCGGUCACCUUCACCUGCAAGGUCCACGGAGACCCCAAACCCAAGGUGUACUGGUUCAAAGACGGGAAGCAGAUCUCUAAGCGCAGCGAUCACUACCGGAUCAGCCGGCACGCCGACGGCAGCUGCUGCCUCCACACGGCCAGCAGCUCGCUGGACGACGACGGCAACUACACCGUCAUGGCCGGCAACCCACAGGGCAGGGUGAGCUGCACCGGCAGGAUGAUGGUCCAGGCCGUGAACCAGCGGGGCCGGACCCCGCGCUCCGCCCCCGGACACAUGCGCCGGCCGCGGUCCAGGUCCAGAGACAGCGGGGACGAGAACGACAACAUCCAGGAACGCCACUUCCGCCCACACUUCCUGCAGGCGCCCGGCGACCUCAUCGUCCAGGAGGGGCGCCUGUGCCGGAUGGACUGCAAGGUGAGCGGCCUUCCCACGCCGGACCUCAUCUGGCAGCUGAACGGCCAGACCAUCCGCCCCGACUCCGCCCACAAGAUGCUGGUGCGUGAGAACGGCGUGCACUCGCUGGUCGUGGAGCCCGUGACGAGCCGCGACGCCGGCGUCUACACGUGCAUCGCCAGCAACCGGGCCGGCCAGAACUCCUUCAACCUGGAGCUCAUCGUCGCCGCCAAAGAGAUGCACAAGGCGCCGUCGUUCGUGGAGAAGCUGCAGAACACGGGCGUGGCCGAGGGUCACCCGGUGAGGAUGGAGUGCCGCGUCACCGGCAUUCCUUCACCGCAGAUCUUCUGGAAGAAGGAGAACGAGUCGUUCACGCACAACACGGACAGGAUCAGCAUGCACCAGGACAACUGCGGCUACCUGUGUAUGAUCAUCCAGCCGGCCAUGAAAGAAGACGCCGGCUGGUACACCGUGUCGGCCAAGAACGAGGCCGGCAUCGUGUCGAGCACGGCGCGCCUCGACGUCCACGCCCAGUGGCAGCAGCCAAACCUCCCCAGGCCCAAGAAGGUGCGCCCGUCCACCAGCCGCUACGCCGCGCUCACGGAGCGAGGGCUGGACGUGAAGGCCGCCUUCUUCCCCGACUGCAGCCCGCUGCCGGCCGGAGGCCUGGUGGAGAGCGACGACCUGUAGGGGGCGCCGCAGGGAACCCGGAGGGCGCCGCUGAACCCGGAGAUUCAUUGUUCCCAGCACUCCAUUGUUUCAAAUACUUUACGGCGGCGCAGAGGGGCAGAAGACGACCACCAGGGGGCGUCGAGGCAGAAGACGACCACCAGGGGGCGUCGAGGCAGAAGACGACCACCAGGGGGCGUCGAGGCAGAAGACGACCACCAGGGGGCGUUUAGGCAGAAGACGACCACCAGGGGGCGUCGAGGCAGAAGACGACCACCAGGGGGCGUCGAGGCAGAAGACGACCACCAGGGGGCGUCGGAGGCAGAAGACGACCACCAGGGGGCGUCGAGGCAGAAGACGACCACCAGGGGGCGUCGAGGCAGAAGACGACCACCAGGGGGCGUCGAACUGCAAAUACAGAACUAAAGGGCUCGGUGGGCAGAGCUUAGCCGGUUGAGAGGUUUUCAUAUGUUUUUUUUAUAGUACAACACAACCCGUUAUAUCACAGACCCCCCCCCCCCACACACACACACACCUUACCCCCCCACGCUUCAUUUUAUAAACUGGACCUGGAAAUGAUUGAAGUGUUUCAUAAAUAUAAAAAUGCUCUUGAAUGUUUCACGACUUGUUUAAGAGAAUAAAACUAAAUAAUUCAAUUCAA